CAAAUAGAUCUGAAGUCAGAAGUUUAUAUCCUAGUAACAACUAUAGUUAACUAUAAAAUACACAUGGUUUUUUUUAUAUAAAAUUAAAUAACAUUAGAUAAGCCUAAAGUUUGUUACAUUGUGCUCGUCAAUGUGAUACGUAGAUGGUCCAGAACUUAUAAUAAAUAAAAUAUAAUACGUACAUAUAUUUUAUAAAAAUUAUGAAAAAAUGGAAAAAAACUACAUACAUGGUUGCCACUUAUUUGUUUUUACUGGAACUUCGGCCACUAGAACCAUUUAUGACGGCUUAUUUAAUAGGACCAGAUGCAGACUUGUCUCUUAACGAGGUAGCCACCGUGAUUGAGUACCUCAAAACAUAUUCAGCGCUAUUAAUAUCAGUGUUAAUGUUUAUGACUGCUGACUAUCUUAUGUAUAAGCCAAACAUUAUAUUUUUGACUGUUUGUUCAUGUGUCGCCUAUUUCCUCAUGACUGGUGCACCCAGUGUUGCGCAGCUUAGGCUGUCCUCGUGUGGUAUCGGGGCAAUAUAUAGCUGUGAUAUGAUAGCAUUCUGUUAUUUGUAUGCCAAGAUCGAGGACGUUGAAAAAUUUCAGAUGGCCACUGGUAUUGCUUCGGCAGCCAUACAACUUGGUAAAGUUGUCGGAGAUUUCUUAGCUCAAACCAUAGUCAACGUGACCGGAGGGAUUUAUACUAUCUUGCCAUACAGCAACGUGUUCAGUUUGUUGUUAGCUACAACCUGGGCUUGUUUGUUUCCAUCUGUCGAACAGAAUAGUGAUAGGCUAAAUUCAAAAGGGCCAUGUGAAGAUUCGUCACUUCUUAAACACGGUGUAGAGAAUAAAACGAAACAUUUUAAACAAAAUAAAAAUAAAAUCGAGCUCGAUAAAGAUUACAAAACUGUGGUAUUUUUCUCGAAAGAAAUAUGGACGAACUUCAAAUCUUCAUAUUCAAAUCCAGUUGUACUGAAAAAAAGUUUAUGGUAUAUAGUGGGUAUGGCAGCGUACAUUCUGGUUUUAGCUAACAUAAACGUUUUGUACUCAUACGUACUCAAAAAACCAGGAAAUCACGAUGUCUUGUCAAAUGGACUUGCCGAGGCAAUGGUUACGUUAUGUGGAGCCGCGAGUUCGUACUUAAUUGGAAAAGUGGAAUGUGAUUGGGCGCGCUAUGGUGAUAUGUUCACAGCAUUUUGCUCUAUUGUCAUGGGAGUGCUAAUAAUGUCAUGUUACUUUUAUGAUAAACUCAUUUUUAUAUAUUUGGCAUACAUAUUAUUUGGUCUCAUAUGUCAAAUGCAUUUUGUCAUAAUCUACACCGAAAUUGCAAAACAGCUAAAGAGGCAGUGUUAUUCUUUAGUAAUAGAAUUCAAUUAUUUUGGAUCUUUAACAGUGGUCACUAUUUUGACAUUAUUUAUUAUUCAAUAUAAUUUCAUGAAUAUUUCUAUUCCCGGGAGGUUUUUGUUCAUUGGUGGCUUAUAUUUCAUGUUAGGUAUCAUAUUCAUAUUUAUUUGUAUACUUGAGAUCAGAAAAAAUAAAACAUUAUACUGACUAUAAUGAUAAUUAUAGUCUGAUUUUAAUUUGAAGUUUCAAAUUAUUUAAAACAAUAUUAUGGUUAAAACUGCUAGAACUAGAAGUUCUAAUUAAAAAAAAUAGACAAGUGCUUCCAUGGUUUUCAAUAUAACAUGGGUUUUACUAAUAUAUACCUAAUAAUGAAUUAGGUACUAAAAUAUGCCCAACGAAUAAAAUGCAUGUCAUGUAGUCAUGUAGUCAUGUAGUCUUCUUUGUUGACAUAUAGUAAAAAUAAUUUGUAGAACAACAUUGACCAUUGUAUUUGUUAUUUAGGUAUAAUAUCAAUCGUUGAAACUAUUUAAUUAUAAUAUGUACCUACUAUAAGUUUACUAUACUUUAGUUACAUACAUAUAACUUAUAUGAAAAUAUUGUGAAUCUUAAAUCUAUAAUCUUUUUAGCGAUAUGGUUAUUUUUUCAAUAGCAUUCAAAAUAGGUAGCUUAAAAGUUAAAAUAUUAUUCGUUACCAAAUUCGAUUAUCGACAAGACGUGGCAAACAUUUAAAAUAAUUUUUGUCUUAAGGGUGAAGACUUGAUAUUGUGCUUAUAAAUAUACAUCACUUGUCUUCUGUAAGAAAGGAUAAAUAAUUUUUAAGAUAUUAAUUGUAUUUAACUGCACUUUUAUGAUAUUAUUCGCUCAACCCGUCCGGACGAUAACUGCAACGCCAUUUACCGCCUUCAUUUUGAACUUUUCAACACAUCUAAGACUAGCUCACUUUAGCCGCUAGACAGUGCUGUCGUAUAGGUUUUUGUUUUAAUGUAAUAAUUUAUUGUAUUUUUAUCUUUAUCAAGAUUGUCGCUAUACUAACUAGAUUACAUUUUCUACCAGGAAUCACCUUUAGAUAUUAGAUUGGAGCAUGUUUUCACUUCUUAGUUCCAAAAUGUUAUGAAAGUUUAAAAAAAAUAUAUAUAUAUGUAUACCUACCUUCCCCUUAAUAUUAACAAUAUUAAAUUGUUGUUCUUAUGAAACUGAUUUAGACAUUGAUCGUUCUGAAUAAUAUUUUAAUACUAUACAUAAAUCAUUAUAGUGCUUUUUUUUACUUAUAUUAAAUUGUAAUGUAAACUUUGUGCAUAGCUGUUGGUUGUAAUUUUAUCUGAUAGUAAUAUUACCCCAGAAAGUUACAUUUUAAAAUAAUAGUUGGAAUCGACACACGUUAAUCAUACAAUAUUUUAUUACGUAUUUUAUUAUCAAAAAUUAAUUUGCUGUAUCGAACAAUACACUAACAAAACGAUUUAACAAGCUCAAUAAAUUAUAACAUCUACAUUAUUUUAUAUUCAGAAUUAUCAAAAGUUCGUCAAUAACCUUAAAAUGUUGUUUAAAAUAACAAAUAAAUUAGUUCAGUCGUUAUA